AUGUCGGAGCUGCAUCGCUUCUGGAGCCUCUACGCGGACUCAUCGUGCGGUGGAGUACCAACCGGUGUCUUCAUGCGAGCGCUGAGUGACUGUGCUUCCCAGGUCGCAGCCAACGGAGCAACGUGCACGGCCAAGACGGACGCCGGCGAUAACGUCAUCGGUUAUGUGAACGAAAGCUGCCACGAAGGCCGCAUCGCUGGACUCGACGCUCUCUACGGUAACAAGUCGUACAUAGCGUAUGACUACUACACGGAUGACGACUGCUCUCGAUAUGAGAACUCGGUUGCCUACCAAGCCAGCACAAGCUGCGAGACUGUCGUAGACAGCUACGGCCACGUGAGGAGCGCUCGAAUGGCGGUAUCGGGCGAGAGGUUGGUGUUGACCCAAAACGUUGGGCCUGUGGACAAGGCGCUCAACUGCCCGGGCUCGACCGGGCCCGAUUACAACCAACUCAAUGUCCUAGUAGCCGAGAUCAACCACAACGUGUGCGAGAGCAACUUAAAGAGCAUCGACGGCGGGUUUAUCUUCUACAACACGACUGCCACCGCUACCGCACUGUCAUCGUCUGGCUCGAGUACGGAUAUCGGGGAUUGGAGCAGCUCCGGUACAAAUGACUCGUCAUUUCCUGGGGAUGGUCUCGCUGUGGGCCCCAUCGCGGGCACAGCUGGAGGCGCCACAGUGCUCGUCAUUGCCCUGGCGUGUUGCUGCUGGAGGCGAGGCCGAAAAGAUAGCACAACCUCAUUGCAAGACCCGCUGAUCGGCAAGGGAAACAGCUCGACUGCGGCGUUCCCCACCGAUUCGGAUCUGGGACUCCUUUGGAACGACGACGCCAUUGUCGCCCACCGGGUUCCUCGGGACCAAGUGCGUGUGGACGGCCUCAUUUCUCGGGGCGGCUUCGGUGAAGUCUUUCGAGGGUCGUACAACCAGCACGCGGUGGCUGUCAAGAUGCUGCUGGCAGACACGCGAAGCGACCUCAAGAAGGUGAAUUUGCUGCUGGAAGAGGCCAAACUCAUGGUGAGUCUCAGCCACCCGCACAUUGUGCGAUUCGUGGGCGUUUCCUGGGGUUCACUGGCUGAUCUUUGCGUGCUGUCGGAGCUGAUGGAGGGCGGAGAUCUCCAGUCGUUGCUAAAGGAUCUCGACGCACGAGGACACGCGCAGGGCUUCGACUACGACAAAGUCCUUAUCGCGUACCAUACUGCCCAAGCGUUGAUGUACCUGCACUCGCUCUCGCCCAUCGUGAUCCACCGCGACUUGAAGUCCAAGAACGUGCUUCUGUCCAAGGACCUGGAGGCGAAACUCGCCGACUUUGGAGCCUCACGAGAGCGACAGGAGCACACGAUGACUGCGGGUGUCGGCACGCUGCUGUGGAUGGCCCCAGAGGUGAUGCUGGCCGAGCGGUACACGGAGAAGGCGGACAUUUUUUCGUUCGGAGUGCUCCUGUCAGAGCUGGACACGCAGAAGCUGCCGUACGCCUCAGAGACUGGGAAAAAGAUGCCGGACGCAGUGCUCAUGCAAAAGGUGGCGUUGGGCACCCUGCAAGUGGCGUUCUCACCCUGUUGCCUCUCUUCGCUGGCUCAGUUGGGCAGGGAAUGCGUGGAGCUUGAUCCGAGCGCUCGACCAUCAGCUCCGACGGUGGGUUUCCGGCUGCACACUGUCAUGAGGACGGAAUUCGCUAGUGUGCACGAUCAACCAGGUAGAAGAUAA